UGGGGGAGGCGGGGCUCGCCUCUUUUCGUCACUUAGUGCGAAGCUGGGAGUCUCUGGAGAACAACGGGCUCAUUGAGCGAGUGGCAGCGCGGGGAGCGCCAGGCGCGUUCAGGCGAGGGGCAGCAGCAGUAGCAGGUUCCCGCGCCCGGCCUGAACGGAUGGCUCCCGGGCAGACGCUCCUCUACCUGUCCCUCCUGUCCUGCCUCGCCUCCGCCUUCACCCUGGACGCGGACAAUGUGAUCCUGCGGCGAGGGGAGCCGGGCAGCCUGUUCGGCUUCUCCCUGGCCAUGCACUGGCAGCUGGCGCCGCAGGACAAGAGGCUAUUGCUGGUUGGAGCACCUCGGGAUAAAGCCUUUCCAUCCCAGCAAGCCAACAGAACUGGAGGGUUGUAUAGCUGUGACAUUACAUCCCCAGAGACACAAUGCACACGUGUCCUGUUUGAUGAGACAGCUGAUCCAGCAACUGAAAGUAAAGAAGACCAGUGGAUGGGUGUAACUGUCCAAAGUCAGGGGCCAGGAGGAAAGGUGGUGACAUGUGCACAUCGCUAUGAGAAAAGGCAAUAUGUAAACACAGAUCAGGAAACGCGUGAUAUCAUUGGAAGGUGCUAUGUGCUGAGUCAGGAUCUCACUAUUAAGACUGGUGUGGACGGUGGAGACAUGGAUGGUGGAGAUUGGAGAUUUUGUGAAGGCCGAUUGAGAGGCCAUGAGAAAUUUGGUUCAUGCCAGCAAGGUGUAGCUGCUACCUUUACUCGAGACUAUCAUUAUAUUGUAUUUGGUGCACCAGGAACUUAUAACUGGAAAGGGGUGGUUCGUGCAGAGCAAAAGAAUAAUUCAUUUUAUGACCAGGGGAUCUAUGAUGAUGGGCCUUAUGAAGUUGGUGAUGAGAGCCGCCAAGCUGAGAGUCUAGUUCCUGUUCCAGCUAACAGUUAUUUAGGUUUCUCUUUAGACACUGGUAAAGGCAUUGUUUCACAAGAAGAGACAACUUUUGUAUCUGGUGCACCAAGAGCCAACCACAGUGGCGCUGUUGUUCUGCUGAAAAAAGAUCCUCAGCUUCAGAGAGCACUUUCACUUGUGCAUAUAUUUGAAGGAGAAGGGCUGGCCUCUUCUUUUGGCUAUGAUGUUGCAGUUGUGGAUCUCAACAAUGAUGGUUGGCAAGAUAUUGUUGUUGGAGCCCCACAGUAUUUUGAUAGAAAUGGAGAAACUGGAGGUGCUGUGUACAUCUACAUUAACCAACAAGGCAAAUGGGAAGGGGUAAAGCCAGUUCGCCUCAGUGGAACCACUGAUUCUAUGUUUGGCAUUGCAGUUGAAAAUAUUGGAGAUAUUAAUCAGGAUGGAUUCCCAGAUAUUGCUGUGGGGGCACCAUAUGAUGGGAAUGGCAAGGUGUUCAUAUAUCACGGAUCCAAGAACGGAAUAAAUCAAAAGCCAGCCCAGAUUCUUGAUGGCAAAAAAUCCAGUGUUUCAUUUUUUGGUUAUUCUGUUACUGGAAAUAUGGAUCUUGAUAGAAACUCCUACCCUGAUAUUGCUGUUGGGUCACUUUCAGAUUCUGUGUCUGUUUACAGAUCGCGGCCUAUUAUAAGCAUUAAAAAAUCCAUCAGAAUAUCUCCUGACAAGAUUGACCUGAACAGAAAGACCUGUCGUGAACCCAGUGGAAUCUGCAUGGAUGUUGAAGCAUGUUUUGAAUACACUGCUAAGCCCACUGACUUCAAUCCAAGAAUAAAACUUAACUAUACCUUUGAAGCAGAAAAUAACAGAAGGCAGUUAGGCUUGCCCUCUCGAGUUCAGUUUUCUAAGACUCUGUCUGAUCAGUUGAGUGGAAGUAUAACUCUGGGAGGACAGAAUAGACGAGACUGUGUGAAAACAUCUCUUGUGAUGCAGGAGAAUAUCAAAGAUAAACUACGGCCCAUUCCUGUAUCGGUUGGUGUUAAAAUCAGUGGCAGCUCGGAAUCCAGUUUACCAUCUAAGAAAAGACAAGGAAGGUCACUUCCUGAUCUUGUUCCAAUUCUAAAUUCAAAUGAACCAGAAACAGUGAACUCAGAAGUGCAGUUCUUAAAAGAAGGAUGUGGAGCAGAUAACAUAUGUAAUAGCAACCUAAUACUUCAAUACAGAUUCCUUACCAAAGAAGGAGACAGAUUUUCAUAUUUGCCAAUUGAGAAUAAUGUUCCAGUGCUUGUCCUCAAAGAUCAGAAGGAAAUUGCACUAGAAAUAAUGGUGGCAAAUAAUCCAUCAGAUGCAAAAAAUCCCCAAAAAGAUGGUGAAGAUGCCCAUGAAGCUAAACUAGUUGCAACUUUUCCAGAUAGUUUGACCUACUCUUCUUUCAGAGAACUGAGGGCUUAUCCUGAAAAACAAUUGACCUGUGGUGCCAAUCAAAAUGGUUCUCAAGCAGAAUGUGAACUUGGAAAUCCUUUUAAGAGAAAUUCCAAUGUAACCUUUUAUCUAAUUUUAAGUACAACCAAAGUUAACGUUGACACAACUAACUUGGAUGUUAAUCUGCAGUUGGAAACAACAAGUAAUCAAGUUAAUUUGGCUCCAAUUACUGCUACCGCUAAAGUGGUUAUUGAAUUGCUUUUGUCACUCACUGGAGUUGCUAAGCCUUCCCAGAUAUACUUUGGAGGUAAUGUCAUCGGAGAGAGUGCUAUGAAGUCAGAAGAUGAUGUUGGAAAUAUAAUAGAAUAUCAAUUCAGAGUAACUAACUUGGGUAGACCACUUAAAACAUUUGGCACAGCAUCUUUGAACAUCCAGUGGCCAAAAGAAAUCAGCAAUGGGAAAUGGCUGCUUUAUUUGAUGAAAAUAGACUCGAAAGAAUUGGGGGAAAUCCCUUGUCAACCUCAAAAAGAAAUAAACUCAUUGAACCUUACGGCAUCUCACAGCUCAAGGAGGAAACGUGAAGUUGCAGAGAAACAGACUACUGAUGACAAAAAAAUGUCUUUAUUUCCAGAAAGAAAAUAUAAGAUCCUGGACUGUAAUGUGAAUGCGCGCUGUGUGAAUAUAAAAUGUCCCCUGCAAGGUUUGGACAGCAAGGCAUUGGUUGUAUUGCGUUCAAGAUUGUGGAACAGUACUUUCCUGGAGGAAUACUCUAAGCUGAACUACCUAGACAUUAUUGUUAGGGCUACAAUCAGUGUUCCUGCUGCAGCUGAAAACAUUAAGCUCACAAAUGAAGGUGCUCAAGUGCGAGUUACAGUCUUUCCUGCAAAGACAGUAGCACUCUAUACAGGAGUGCCUUGGUGGAUCAUCUUGGUGGCAAUUCUUGCUGGAAUACUGAUGCUUGCACUGUUGGUGUUUUUACUAUGGAAGUGUGGUUUCUUCAAGAGAAGUAAGAAAAAUCAUUAUGAUGCCACAUAUCACAAGGCUGAGAUCCAUACUCAGCCAUCUGAUAAAGAGAGGCUUACUUCUGAUGCAUAGUAUUGAUCUACUUCUGUAAUUGUGUGGGUUCUUCCAGCGCUCCAGGUACGAUGACAGUGUCCCCCGCUAUCAUGCAGUAAGAAUUCGGAAAGAGGAGCGACAGAUCAAAGAUGGGAAACAUAAAGAGACUCUUGAAAAAAAACAAUGGAUUACAAAAUGGAAUGAAAAUGAAAGUUACUCCUAGGGAAAGUUUCCCCUUCAACUCCAAGUUCAGACAGACUAACAUUUCAUUAAUGGACUCAGACUUACAUACAAUAUGGACCUAUAUUUUUGAUUGUACAUAUUUUUUUUACUUAUAUCGAAGCUUUUUUUUUGCACAGCUAAAUUUAAGACUGAUUUGCAUUAUUUAAACUUUAUUGUCAUAAAAAGGAAAACUUGCAUUUAUAGAAUGGUGCAUUCUAUGAAAUAUGAACAUGUGUGUAAUGAUGCCACAAAAGGUCCUUUCCUGCAUUCCUGAAAUCAAUGGAUGCAUAAGGAAUGCAGGAUAUAGUCCUAAAUAUAUUCUUUAAACCUUCAUCAAAAUAUACAAUUAAACACACUGUAGUCUUGAUACGCUUUAUUCAUGUACAAUUUGGGGAUCUGCAAAUGUGCUAUUGUUAUAAGACUUUUGCAGUUAUAGUAGUUAGGGGUAAACCUAAAAUGUCUUAAAUGUGCAAUAGAUCAUGUUACAUUUCUAAUUUCAGUUUUGGUGAAUCUUAUGUCAAAUAUACACAGGUUUAAAAAAAAAGCUUAAAUAUUAUUUGUAUGUUUUUGUAUAUAUUUUAGUCAUUUAUAUUUAUUUUUUAAAAAAUAUUUGCAACAUUUGUCUUUGACUAAUUAGGCCAAAGAGACUUAAGUGAACCUUAAAACUUGUAUGGAUGUUCUUAACUAGUAUAUGAAAGUCCAGUUAGAUAGACAAGAAGCAUUGACUGUAUUUAAUUAGCUCCUAACGAGUGCCACUGCUUUUUCUAAAUUAUAACUUUCAAAUCACUGACAACCUUGAAAUGUAAACAUUCAUUCCAUUUGUUUGUGAGAGCAUUUUUUCUUGUUUCUGUUUAUGCAGUGGAAUUUAAGAAAGAUGUUGACAAAUUGGAGAGAAUUCAGAGAGCGCAAAAAAAAAUAAAAAUAAAAGUUAAGCCAUAAGGAAAAGGUUUAAACAAAACAAAACCCUGAGCAUGUAUUUAGUCUUGAGAAAAUAAGAUUGAAGGGGAAAAGGAGAAUCAGAGAAGUCUUAAAAAAUGUUAAGGGCUGUUAUGAAGAGAACUGUGAUUAAUGGUUCUGCGCUCUGUGAACUGCCUUCAGAGACCAAUGGACAGCAAGGGGAGUUUUUAUAAGCGUCUAAAUGAGCUUACGGAAGCCCAUCAAUAAGAAAUUUUAAGAACAGGUUGGACAAACACCUGUCUGGCAUGCUCUAGGCUAGGUUUUACUUGGUCCUGCCUAACAGAAAAAGGCUAGACUGGAGGGAUUCUUGAGACCCCUUGCAGUUUUGCAUUUCUAGGACUAAUUAUGCUCCUGUAACAACUUGUGUAUUAAUUGAGAAGGAGUUUUAGAAUUUUCUUUUGUACAUGCAAUCUGUAUGCUUUUCUAUAUACUUUAUACAAAAAGUGAAAGGUGCUUCUGGAAACAAUUUUCGUAUUUACAGAACAGUCUACUACUGCAAAUGUUGUAUAGCACUUGAAAGAAAACAUAAGCUCCCAUCUGCACUGAUCCCUUUUGAGACUACUGAGUGAUGUCCUAAAUAUAUAUAAAUAUUAAUUGUCAGAAUAGUGCCACAAUAUUGUGCUGUUUAGUAAUCUAAAUGUUGUAACAUAACUGAUAGAGCUAUUUAAAGAGGAGUUAUGGAGUUUUAAAACCUACAUUCUAAAGUGUUGGUACUAUUUAAAUGAGAAUUAAGAUUUCUUAUUCCAUAUGAAAAAUUCUAAUUGUGUAAAUACUUUUUUUAAGAAAAGGAAUGAGAACUAUGCAAAAAUUUGUUAAUUUUCUUUACUAAGCUGCUAGUUUUCACCUUUCCUCGGAAGUCCAUUGUUCUAAUGCAAGAAUGGUCACCAAUUAAUAAUGGGUAGAUUUUAUUUUUUACUGCUAUUCAUUUUGAAGCUUUUUUCUUUAAAGAUAUAUUUUAGAAGCUGUAUUCUUUUACUUCAAUGUUAACAUGUCCCAUAUGAAUUUUCCUACCAUCAUACUUCCAAAAUGACAUUGUAAUCCAUGUUUUGCAAACACUUGUGUGUACAUAGCUGUUUACUGUUUUUGGGUCUUUACUUAUCAGUUAGUAUCCCUAAAUGAAAACCACAGCUCCUUUGCUGAAUGGCUCAAAACCCAAGAAAUGAGGCUCAUCAGUUGCUGAGAAGUGGGAAUUUUGAGACUACUGAAACAAAACAUAUGGUUUGUUCUGGGGCACCGCCUUUUAUAAGAGCAAAAUAAACAAGUCAAAUUUAAGACUGUUGAAAAUAUCAUCUUGAGUCAGGUCACUGGUAUACAGGUUCUCGCAUACAUACAGCUACUAAUACUAAAUCAUUCCAGGAAUAGAAGUUACCUGUGGAUAUUUGUUUAAAAGUCUGAAAUAAAAUUUUUUUAGUGAAAAAA